AGUAUAUUGAAAGGGGGAAACGUCUUUCCCUAAAACGAGAAUAGAGAAGAAGCAGAAAAAAUGGCAGCAGAAGGAGUGAGCCUCAACCAUAUAUCUCGAGAAUCCUCCGACAUAAAACGCCUCGCCAAAUUCUACCAAGAGAUAUUCGGGUUCGAGGAAGUGGAAAGCCCUGACUUCGGAGAAUUCAAGGUUGUAUGGCUGCGGCUUCCGUCGUCUUGUGUGUAUAUGCACCUCAUCGAGCGCAAUCCAACCAACAACCUCCCUGAAGGUCCAUGGAGUGCCACGUCACCCGUUGCUGAUCCCUCGCAUCUCCCCAGAGGUCACCAUCUUUGCUUCUCCGUCUCCAAUUUCCAAUCCUUUCUCCACACUCUCAAGGAUAAGGGUAUCCAGACUUUUGAGAGAUCCCUACCUAAUGGGAAGAUCAAACAAGUGUUCUUUUUCGAUCCCGAUGGUAAUGGUUUGGAGGUUGCAAGUAAGGAGGACUCAUAGUUUGAUGUGCAUGUGUUAUGUAUAGCUAUGAUAAUGUACCAUAUCAUUUAAGAACUCCAAACAACAAUUACAAAAAUAUUUCCUCAUGAUGCAGUUGUGAUUUGUAUGACCAACUAUCAUCAACCUAUGGACAAUUCUUAUUCCGUCUCGUUUGUUAUGUGAUUAGUCUUGAUUUCCUUUACUCAUUAAUCUUAAAGUGUAGCUAGAUUUUGAUGGUGUUGUUUCUCUCAUGUUGAG